GCCAGCAAUUAUCAAUCUACAAGGUUUCAUUGGUUACAUUCUGUUCCAAUUAUCAGAUCACAAAUCUCAGGUUUAUAAAGCGUGUCUCUAGGAGUCAUUUUGUUGAUAUCGUACGUCAAACCUCGGGCUGCUGCUAACAUCAGAUCGGCUUAGAGUCCUAGAAACUGACAAGAUGAAUUCUUGCGUGUACCAACUGGUGUGUGCUGUCUGUGUGCUGAUUUCUUUUCUGCCACAUACAUCAGCAGACUUUAGUACAGAGAGAGGGAAAGUAUCUGAAGCUUGUAAGAGAACGUUAGACAAAUGUGUAACGCUAGCUGGAAGUUCAACACCUUCAAAUGACGCUGGUUGGUGCACUCUGUUUGGGGCUACAGUCAGUGGCGUCAGCGCCUACCAGUGUGUUGUAAGGAUCGGACUUUGUACAGACGAGGAGUUUGUGGCUCUCAAAAAUGGAGCCUGUGGUCAGACGGCUACUGCCCAGCAAACGCCAAGUGCUCUAAAGACCUCUGUGUAUAAUUUGAUUAAAUCGACAAUUUCAGCUUGCCAGGAUCAAAUAGUUGAUUGUAUUUUCGUGUCCAGUGUGUCCACAGUUUUAAAACAACAGGAGCAGUACUGUAAACUGAUGAACCUUGGGAUCAGCAGCAAGACCACCACGACAUGUCUAACAAAAGCUUGCUCAGCAACAGUUAUCACCAACCUAAACACAACGUCCUGCUCGACAACCCAAUCCCAACCUUUUUCUGACGCCAUCGUGGCCACCUCUCAGAUGUGUCAAGAUGGUAUGGAGUUAUGCACCUAUGGCGUCACUGAGGCGUUAGCUUUGAUCCAAGGCGAGAAGUACUGUGACGUCAUGAGUCUGUCAGUGAAAACCACAGCUCAUGAUUGCUUGCUUACAGAAGGCUGUACAGAGACUGAAUUUCAGAGCUUGAAGGCAGCCUGUAGUGGUUCUAACCUUGUAGCCUCUCUUAUCUUGUUAUCACUUGCCGCACUACAUCAGUUUUUUUAAGCUUGAAUUUCUUUCAAUACAUCAUCAUCUUGGCAUCUAAACACCUUUUUGCAAUGUAUUCAGAUUUUCAAAGUUUGUUUUGACUAGUUUGUUAAGUUUGAGUGAAUAACGUUUAAUUAUAUCUGAUGAUUACCUCGCGUUUAUAGUUCCUGAAAUUUAAAAUAUAUGACUUAUAUUAUAAGCUUAGUCAGAAAGAUUAAAAUUCUAAUUCAAGAAUAUAAGAUAUCCAUAUAAAUAUGAUUUUGUUAUUUUUUAAAAGAUAUAAUUAGUAGAACAAUUUAUUGAAAUAUUAGACAUGAGACAUAUCUUUGAAACUGAAAUUUAUUUCAAUUUAAAACCGUUAUCAAUAUCUAAAUAAAUAGCAUAUUAACUAUUACAAAGGCGACAUUAAACGUACCUUAUUGUUUCAUACAAGUAAAUAUUUAUAAAAUAGAAGAUUGCAACCAAUUUUUUAGAGACAGUUAUAUAACAAUACUUAUGGUUACGUCUGACAGAUUUGUGGCCAUUGUACUGAUUAAACCUACUAAAUCAGUUUUUUUUUUGCCACAAGGGGCGCUUUGUUUAAAGUUGGGGAUCAUAUUUGAGUUGUUUAGGGAAACUUUAUUUUUUAAAAUAUUUUUUCUGUAACAACCAUAGAACAAGUUGAAUUUACGAGAUAUAAAGAUUAUAAUGUAGCAUUGUUUCAUGUGCUCGAUGAGAUGUUUCAUAGUUUACAUUCUCCUGAAAUUUUGUAUACACAGAGCAGUUGUUGUAUCACAACGUAUGUGACCUUUUGUCGUUUGCUAUUUUUGUGGAUUGCGAUUUUUAUUUGCAAAACAUUUAGUUAUCUGUUUUAAUUUUGAUAUGAUUGCUGUGCUGUAAAACUCUUUUUGUUUAA